GACCAAGGUUUUAAAACUAGGAUCUGGGGCUAGAAUCGGUUCCAAGAACCCUAAAAUCGGCCAUUUGAUGUACAAGCUCACCGACACCAGUGAAUAUACGUGAAUCGGCCUUAUCAAAUCAGUAAGAAUCGGGAUCGAUCGUAGCAUGUCACUCUGAACUCUGAUGGAUGUCUUAUUUCUUACACGAUGCCUUAUCCAUUUAUCCAUCACUCCCGCUAAACCCUGCAAUAGAGAAACUCAAAACAGCAGCCAUAGCUUAGAGGUUCCAUUAAUGGCGAUCGGAAUUCUAUCUAAAUCCAAUUAGACCCAGUUCAGAGAAAUGGGUUUUCAAAUUCUCAGUUCCGUAUCACUGCCGAAGGAUUCUGUAACUGUGUUCCUUCCGGCGGUGGACAUUUCUUCCACUUUCAGACAUCUUUCUAAACCAGUAUCUGCUUCUUCGUCUGAUCUCUCUUUUUCUUCCUCAUUCUCUGCUUUUUCUAUCCAAACCCACCUCAAAUAUUGUAAAUUAAGAGAACCCAAGUCGCGGGAUUUCCGUAUUUUUUCUGUAGCUGUCGAUCCUCAAGAGCUUCCCAGAAGCAGCCCUCAGAGGCUUCUUAGAGAGCUUGCAGAGCGUAAAAAGGUCAUCUCUCCGAAGAAAAAGGUCCCUCCGAGGAGAUUCAUUCUCAAACCCCCUUUAGAUGACUCCAGAUUGGCCGAAAGAUUCCUCAAUAGCCCUCAGUUGUCACUCAAAGCGUUCCCUCUGUUGAGCUCUUGCUUGCCUACUUCUCGGCUCAACAAUGCCGACAAGACGUGGAUUGAUGAGUACCUGCUUGAAGCCAAGCAAGCUCUGGGUUACCCCCUCGAGCCCUCUGAUCGAUUUGACGACGACAAUCCGGCGAAACAGUUCGAUACUUUGUUGUACUUGGCUUUCCAGCACCCUUCGUGCGAGAGAACGAAAGCUAGACAUGUCCGGUCGGGCCAUUCGAGGUUGUUGUUUCUAGGGCAAUACGUGCUUGAGCUGGCAUUGGCUGAGUUCUUCUUGCAGAGGUACCCGAGAGAGUCGCCGGGUCCAAUGAGAGAGAGAGUGUUUGGUUUGAUUGGGAAGCGAAAUCUACCCAAGUGGGUUAAAGCUGCCAGGUUGCAGAAUUUGAUCUUUCCGUUUGAUGAGAUGGAUAAGUUGAUUCGGAAGGAGAGAGAGCCUCCCGUGAAGUCUGUCUUCUGGGCUUUGUUUGGGGCAAUAUAUCUCUGUUUUGGCAUGCCAGAAGUAUAUCGUGUUCUUUUUGAGGUACUUGGAAUGGAUCCUGAAGAUGAGAGCUGCCAGCCAAAAUUAAGGAGACAACUUGAAGACAUUGAUUAUGUUUCUGUGGAAUUUGAAAACAGAAAGCUCAGUUGGCAAGAUGUUGCUUCCUAUAAGCCUCCAGAAGAUGCACUUUUUGCACACCCAAGGCUUUUCAGGGCAUGUGUUCCACCAGGCAUGCAUCGGUUCCGAGGGAAUAUUUGGGAUUUUGAUAGCAGGCCCAAAGUUAUGCAAGCCCUGGGAUAUCCUUUGCAAAUGACUGACAGGAUUCCGGAAAUAACCGAGGCCAGGAACAUUGAACUUGGACUUGGGCUUCAGCUGUGUUUCUUGCACCCAUCAAAAUACAAGUACGGACAUCCUCGGUUUUGCUUUGAGCGACUGGAGUAUGUCGGCCAAAAGAUCCAAGAUCUUGUGAUGGCUGAGAAGUUGCUCAUGAAACAUCUUGAUGCUCCUGGAAGAUGGUUACAGGAAAGGCACCGACGUCUUCUGCUCAACAAGUGCUGUGGAAAGUACUUGAGGGAGAAGUAUCUCCACAACGUCAUCAUCUAUGGUGAGCAAGUCCAGGAUUCAUAUGAACACAACAGAAGACUCAGGAACCCAGCCACAACUGCAGUUCAACAAGCCAUCCAUGGGCUCUCGUACACUGUAUAUGGGAAGCCAGAUGUGAGGCGCCUUAUGUUUGAGGUGUUUGAUUUUGAGCAGAUUCAACCUAAAGCAGUAUGAAGCUUGUGACAAUUGGAAUCUGGCAGUGAUACUGUUAAGGGACAUCAUCUGACUGGUGGGGAUGAUCAAUGGGAGUACCAAUAGUCCAGCACUUCAAGGCUUCCCAAAUCACUAAACAUGAAACAGCAGAAGCAAGAAAAAGAAUAGCUGAGCUAGAAAGUUUCAAGUUUAGUAUGUCUUGUAAUGAUCGAGAUGCAUUAUUGUUUGUAGCUAUGACACCAGCACUUGGUUGUAACAUCAAAUAAUGGUUGUGAAGGAACGGUUACCUGGCAGUGAUAUAACCAUGUAAUAAUUGGAAAAAUUGCUACUUCAUUGCAUCAUCAAUAUAAGCUUCCUUUUGAUGGCUCAAA